AUGGAGAACGGUGUAAAGAGAGAACACCAUGACGAACAAGUCGAUGGUGAUGAAAAGAGAAUCAAACUCUCUCCCAAAAUCAACAUUGUUCCCACCACAGAACCCCAAUUAUUCUACACUCCUUUAAAAACCGGACUUGUGUACGAUGUCAGAAUGAGGUACCAUGCCAAAAUCUUUACCUCGUAUUUUGAAUACAUCGACCCCCAUCCUGAAGAUCCUCGAAGAAUUUAUCGGAUCUAUAAGAAGUUAGCGGAGGCUGGACUUAUCCAGGACCCUUCAUUAGCAGGAAAUGAUAAUUUAGGUCCAUUAAUGUUGAAAUUACCCAUCAGGGAAGCAACUGCCGAAGAGAUUUUAGAAGUCCACAGUGAAGACCAUUUGAAAUUUAUAGCAUCCACAGAAACUAUGAGUCGUGAUAAAUUAUUGGAAGAAACCGAGGCCGGAGAUUCCAUCUAUGUCAAUAACGAUUCUUUCUUAUCGGCGAAAUUGUCCUGUGGAGGAUCGAUUGAAGCUUGUAAAGCAGUAAUUGAAGGCCGGGUGAAGAAUUCCUUGGCUGUGGUUAGACCUCCAGGACAUCACGCGGAACCAGACACCCCAGGAGGGUUUUGUCUUUUCUCCAAUGUAGCUGUUGCUGCCAAAGCCAUGUUAAAAGCUUAUCCCGAAUCAGUACGAAAAAUAGUUAUUUUGGAUUGGGAUAUUCAUCAUGGUAAUGGGACACAAAAAUGCUUCUAUGAUGACCCUAGAGUGCUUUACAUCUCCUUACACCGUUACGAGAAUGGGAAGUUCUACCCCGGUACCAAAUAUGGAGGUUUGAAUAUGAGUGGUGAAGGAGACGGUGAAGGUUAUAACGUUAACAUUCCAUGGAGAACCCCUGGAGUUAGAGACGGUGAUUAUAUGUAUGCAUUUCAAAAAGUGGUAAUUCCGAUAAUCUCCGAGUUUGAUCCUGAUUUCCUUAUCAUCUCAUCAGGGUUCGAUGCAGCUGACGGAGAUAUCGUAGGAGGAUGUCAUGUUACACCUGCUGGAUAUGGUCAUAUGACCCAUAUGUUAAAAGCUAUAGCUAGAGGGAAAUUGUCGGUAAUCUUAGAAGGGGGAUAUAACUUGGAUUCCAUCAGUAAAAGUGCUUUGGCCGUGGCUAAAGUUUUAAUUGGUGAACCCCCUGAAAGAACCAUCACCGAACAGCCAAUGUUGGAUACCAUUGAAGUGGUUGAUGAGGUUAUCAAAUAUCAACUGAAAUAUUGGACUUGCUUAAAACCAGGUAACCCCACCGAACUGUUUGAUGAAGCUUAUGAAUUAUCAGAAACCCCUGGUUAUAAACUCACAGGAGUCUCUGACCCUAUACGAUCCUACCAAGCCCAAGAAUUGUUCAACAGUCAUGCUUUCAUCAACCUUCCUAUCAUUCAAAGUGACUUUGAUAAAUACGUACCGUUUUCAACUGACUUACCUAAACGAUUAGAAGAUCUUGUCAUUUGUUCACCUAACAUCUACGAGUGUGACUCCAUCGUGGUGACAGUUCAUGAUCCUCCAGAAAUUUGGGCUAACAUCAAUCCUAUCAAUGGAUCUAUUGAGAGUAAUACCUCAGUGAUUCUAGAACAUCCUUUACUUCAAAUAAUGGAGAAAAUUAAGGCUGAAGACGAUGGUCAACCUCGUAAUAUCGGUUAUAUUGAUAUAAACAUUCCAUCGUUUAACUUGCCUACAAAUGAUGAUGGAACUUUAGCAUUAAAGAAUCAAUCAACCACACCAAUUGGAUCAUAUAAUCCCGUGAUCUUUGGUCAGGAAGUUUUAUUGUAUUUAUGGGACAAUUAUCUCAGUUACUUCAGUAAAUUGAACAAAUUGGUGUUUGUAGGGUUCGGUGAAGCCUACCAAUCCAUCGUUCACCUUUUCGCUAAGAGAUCAUCUCAAGAAAUUAAGGAUAUGGUCAAAGGAACCGUAUGUUUCUUGAAUAGAAAUAAUCUUAAACCAUUGGUACCAGUAAUGGAUGAAUCCAUGGUGGAUUGGUUCUAUUCCAACUCCGUUAUUUUCACUUCAAAUUUGAAUCCAUGUUGGUUAUCAGGAAAUGCUACUUUGAGAGGUCCAAUAAUUAAGGAAGAAGAAGUCAAGAGACCUCGUAGAAAGUUCGGUAGAGUGAUCAAAUCCAACUGUGAUGGAUUAUUUAAUGUUGUUAUAGAGAGAUUUGAUGAAGGAGUUGAUUUUAUCUUGGAUUCAUUGGAUGAUUUUGAAGAAAGUCAGUAA